UACUACAAUUUUAUAGGUGCAGCAACUGAGAUGCAAAGCAGUUAAAUGACUUGCCCAAAAUAUCAAGUUAGUGAGUGGUAGAGCCAGGAAUCAUGUCUUCAAAAUAUAAGACUGAUGAACUUUGUAUAACACUGUUUUAUAACUAAUGUGCCAAGUGCUUUCAAAUCUCUUUUAUUUUUUAAUAAAUAGAAGCCCUGAUAGGUCUGGAAGACUACUUUUUAUCAAAAUAGCCCCAGUAUGAGAUCCAGGACUCUAGAGUCCUUAGUUUCUUUUCUAAUUUUAUCCUCCUUUGUAGUUUUAGACAGAAUUUUAAUCUCUUGGGCCUCAGGUUUCUCAAGAGUGAAUGAAUGAAUUAUACUUGGUCAAAACUAGGGUCUCUUUCAGACUUGCAGUUCUAUCAUUUGAAUCAUGAAAUUUGAUGCCAGACAGAGGAUGAGAUGGCUGGAUGGCAUCACCGACUCAAUGGGCAUGAGUUUGAGUAAACUCCAGGGAGUUUGUGAUAGACAGGGAGGCCUGGCGUGCUGUGAUUCAUGGGGUCGCAAAGAGUCAGACAGGACUGAAGACUGAACUGAACUGAAUGUUUUAAAUGAUUUCCGCAUAUUGUCUCAUUUGGGAAACAUGGACCUUGCUUAGGUUCUCAUGUACCUGGUUACCAAGUAAUUUAGUCUGGAUUCAAUCUCAUAAUGAAGUUAAUUUUAUUUGAUUUUGAUAAGCUGUAAAAGAAGUUAUAACCAUUCACAAAGCUAUGCAAUCACUCAUCCCACUGAAAGGAACCAAGACUUCUUGAAGAAAUGGCUAAUUCCAGGUCUGGAGCAAGAAAUAUAGAAAAUGAUCCUGAAAUAUCUUGUCCUGCCAGAACUAAAAAAAAAGGAAAAAAAAAACUAUCAAAGAUUCAGAGUUAGACGAAAAGAACACAGGAAAUAAAAUAAAGGGACUCCCACUGGCCAAAGAUGGAAUCACUUGAACAUCAAAAAGAAAAAAUAAUAAUGACUGCAAUUAAGACUCCUUUGAAGAAAAAAAAACUCCUUGAAUGUUUUUUAAAAAUCUGUGAGUUAAUGAUGUUCAAAAAGAGAAAACAAUAAGAAAUAUUAGUUACCAAUUACUGCAUAAUAAACUACCCCCAAAUUUAGAGUCAAACAGCAAAUAUUAUCUCACAGUUUCUACAGGUCAGGAACCUAAGAGCAGCUUAGAGAUGGUUCUGGUUCUGGUUCUGUCUUAAGGUUGCAGCCGAUUUGUUGACCCAGGCUGCAGUCAUCUGAAGGCUUGGCAGAGAGCUGACAGUUCCACUUCUGAACUCACUCAUAUGGCUGUUGGCAGAAAGCUUUAGUUCCUCACCACCUGGGUCUCUUUUUAACAUAUGGCAGCUGGCUUUCCCCAGUGUGAGUGAUCUGAGACUACGGGAGAAAAAGAGAGACCAAGAAGGACACCACAUUUUCUUUUAUUACCUAAUAUUAAAAGUAACAUAACAUCAUUUCUGCCAUACUCAAUGGGUCACACAAACCAACCCUGGUAUAAUAUGGGAAGAAGCUACACAAAAGUAUGAAUACUGGAAGGCAGUGCUCAUUGAUGGUUAUUUUGAAAAGUGGUUAAUGUAUAAUAACAGCGGCCAUGGCACCUAGGGCACGGCUGUUUACCCUGAAAAUUGGCAGUUAAAUAGAAAGAUAAACAUUUAUUCUGUCUUUUCUGUUAGAACUGACAUUUCAGAAUAACCAAACAACCCUGAAUUGACAGGUUAAGGAGAUAAAGUCCUUCUUUUAAAAGGAAUUCCAAAUCAUAAGUGUGAAAAAAAAAUUUUAAUUAGAAAAUCCUGGUUUUGCAAUAAAAUGCUUGAUUCAGGCAAAGAUCAUCAGUGGAUGAAACCACCAGAUGAAAGGUUGAUGAACUUUACAUGGAAGGAUCCAACUAGCAAGUGCUGCUUCACUGAUGAAUCUUAACAUCACAGAGAGUGAAAUAAUCCAACAUUAUAUGCCUCCUGAUGUAAAGCAAAAGGAAGUAGGUAGCACCACGUAAAAAUAAUGCUUACCCAUAAAGGUAAAGCAAACUCUAAACCUUUAGAGCUAACAUCUAGUUAACAAAUACAAGGCUAGAGAAACAAAUUAAAUGGGGAUGGACUCAGACCAAGCCAGCAUGUGGAAUAUUCAGGACAAAUGGCCAAAUGUGUUCGAUGGGGGAGAAAGUGAAAGAUGGAGGAACUAUUCUAGAUCUAAAUUUAAAAAGAUUUAAGACAAAUAACCAAAUAAAGUACAUAGACUUUAGAUCUUGAUUCAAAAAAGCAGCAUAUUUUAUCUAUUUGGGAAAUUAAAAUAUGGACUCAGUAUUAGAUGAUACCCGGGAGUUAUUUUAAUUUUGAUAGUUGGGAUAAUGACAUUGUGCUUCUGUUUUAAGAGAUGCAUUCUGAAGAACAUAAAACAAGAAAUAACACGUUUGGGGCUGCGGUUGCGGAGGGUUUCUAGGGAACUCCUCAACCAGCGAGUUGAUGAUUUCCUAGAAAGUCACCGGAACUGAUUAUUGAAGGACUAGGAAGUGGAGCUAGAACAGAUUCCUUUAUUUUGCCAUUUGUAGAGAAGAAUAUCGGCAGGAAGGUCUGUGUCUCCAGCCAGCGUGGGAUGGGACUGUAGCUGACGGGCUCCCAAGCUGCCACUGGGGUCUCCGAACCCUCCGAGGGGCGGCUGGAAGGAGGCCGACACCACCACCUGCUUCACUUAAAUCUUAAUAUUAAUACACCUCCUCCCAGGGGCCCGGAACGGCGGGCGGGGAUGGGGCGGGGCUUUGGGGCCGGGUUGCCCGGGAUCUGGAGUCCGCCGCGGAUUCCUGCCCGACAAGGACUUUUUUCUCCGCCUCCCCCGCGCUCUUAUUGCUUUCAGCGGCCCUUUACUUUUUUUUUUUUUUUUUCACUUAUUUUCCUCCCCAGCAUCCAUUCGUGCGUUCUUUCAUUUGGCCAAUUUCUAGCUGAGCGACUGCUGGUGCAGGCACUGUUUUAAACGUUGGGGAUAGAGCAGUGAACAAAAUAGACAAGAAGUCCGUGCUCUCAAAAGCCUAGAAGCUUACGUUAUAGUGAAAGGAAGACCUACAAUAAACAAUGCAAAUUAUAUAAUUAACUUAUGCACCUUGUUGGAAAGUGCUGUAUAGGAAAGCAAGGCAUGCCAUGAUUGGAAGGAGGUGGUAGACUGUAAUUUUAAAAUUUUAAAUAAAUUUUAGUGCACCUAAAGUAGGUUUCCUAGGGAGGAUUACAUGCAAGCAAACAGUUGAAGGAGGCGAGAUUAUUCAUCGUGAGGAUAGCUUGAGGUAGAGGGAACAGCCAGUGCAAAGUCCCUAAAAUGGCACCGUGCCUAAAAAGGAAGAGAAAGAUCUGUGGGACUGAAGGGGGUUGAACGAGGGGGAGAAUAGUAGGAGAGGUAAUAGCAACCCUGUAGACUCAUAUGGCCCUGUAGGGACUUUAGCUUUUAUUUUGAAUGAACAGAGGCGAUGCAGUGAGAUUCUUUAUAUGCUACUCCUUAUUUUGAGUAAGAUGGACGCAUUGAGGGCUUUUAAGCAGAGAGCUGAAAUAAUCCAACUUAAGUUUUAAAUGGCCCACUUUAUCGUAUUGAGAAAAGACAAGUAGAAGACAAGGACAGAAGCAGGAGACCAGUUUGAUGGCUAACACAAUACAGGGCAAGGCAGGCAAUGGUGGCUUGGGCCAAGAUGGUGGCAGGAGAAGUUGUAUUCUGGAUAUAUUAUCAUAUUCAGUUUGUUCCUCUUCUCCCUCAUCUCUCAUAGAUACUCCAGAUUCUCAGUGAUUCCUUCUUUUCACUUUGGUCACAUCCCUCUAUUCUCUCUUCUCUUCAUCAAAUAUACAGGAAAACAAGCUAUGGGAUCACCACUAGCUUAUUACUGCUGAUGAACCCCACAUCUAGGGCAGUAUUGAUACAUCAAACCAAAAAGCAGCUGCCCUGUGGGUCAGAAGCAGUCUUUGACUGGUCUCACCAAGGCUUAUAUCCCUGAAAGGAGGCUAGUAUCCGCUGGAGCCACUUCAAAACUGGUUAUCUGAGCAAAGCCCGGAUUGACUUUAGGAGCUGGAUCCAACCAGCAGAGAAGAAACUGGGACAGUACUAGAAGACUGGAAAAGAAAACAUGCAGCCGGUAAAAAGAGGAGAAUCUACAGUGUAUCACAAGGAGGAAGAAGAAGUCGUGGUAUCAGAUGAGAGUCCAGGAUCACCAAACCAGUUUGGCAUCCCUGAUACCAUGUUCCUACAGGAAAGAGCUCUACCAUUUCCUCAGUGCCCUGCCUUAGCCAGAGAUGAGAGCCAAGGAAACCUGCCAGGAGCAAAACAUACAGUGAUGAGCCAGCCUCAAGAGUCAGUGACAUUUGAGGAUGUAGCUGUGAACUUCAGUCAUGAGGAGUGGCAGUGUCUGACCCACGCUCAAAGGCACCUCUAUAAAGAUGUGAUGUUGGAAAAUUAUGGGAACAUGGUGUCACUUGGAUUUUCAUUUUCUAAACCUCCUUUGAUCUCCCGUCUGGAGCAAGGUACAGAGCCCUGUGUUCAGGAUCGACAGGACUGGGAGUUCCUGAGCUGCACCUGUCCAGCUGCCAAGACGUGGCCUGAGAAUGAGAAGGCAAGAUCAGAACAGGAGGUUUUUGAAAAUGGAGAAGUGUGCUGGGUGAAAUUUAAAAGUCUCCUAAAAGUUGUCUCCCGGGAUCCAGAAGUUGGAGAAGUUUGUAUACAAGAUGUCGAAUUAGAGAAUCAAUGCGAAAUGCCUGUGAGGGAGAAACGGAGAGAAGAGAAAGAAAGCUGUGAGAAAGGGACUUUCAGGAAAGGAAAGAACCAGAAGGGACUUAGAAAACACUUCAGUCCAAACUCAGAAUGUAUUCUGUAUGGAGUUCUUACAGAAAAGAAACAGCAUGAAUGUACCCGAUGUGGCAAAAACUUCAGUUGGCAUUCUGACUUAAUUCUCCAUGAGCGAAUUCAUUCUGGCGAGAAACCCUAUGUGUGUAAUGAGUGUGGGAAAGCAUUCAAGACCAAAAAUCAACUUUCCAUGCACCAGAUAAUCCACACAGGGGAGAAACCCUUUAACUGUACCCAGUGUGGGAAGGCCUUCAGUAGUAGAUCCGCUCUUUGCCGACAUAAAAAAACCCACAGUGGGGAGAAGCCACACCCGUGCGGUGACUGUGGGAAGGCCUUCAAGACCAGGUACUGUCUCAGGAUGCAUCAGAUCAUCCACACAGGAGAGAAGCCUUAUGAAUGCAGUGACUGUGGGAAGGCCUUUCAGUUUAAGCAUUCCCUUAUCAUCCACAGCAGGAGCCACACUGGAGAGAAACCCUAUGCGUGUGAGGAGUGCGGGAAGGCUUUCAGCGGGAGUUCAGACCUCAUCAAACACACAAGAGUCCACACUGGGGAGCGACCUUAUGAGUGCAAUGAGUGUGGGAGGGCCUUCAGCUGGAGCUCAGACCUAAGCAAACACAGAAGACUCCACACUCAGGAGAAACCUUGUGGGUGCCCUCAGUGUGGAAAAGCCUUCAGCAACGAAGCAGAGCUCACCAAACAUAGAAGAAUCCACAUCGAAGAGAAGCCUUACAAGUGUAAGGAGUGUGGGAAAGCCUUUCAUCAUAACUGUAAAUGCCGGGCUCAUGAACGAGGACACACAGGGGAGAAGCCCCAUCGAUGUGGGGAUUGUGGGAAAACUUUCCAAGAUCAGCACUGCCUUACCAUCCAUCAACGAGUCCACACCGGAGAGAAACCUUAUAAAUGUUCAGAGUGUGGUCGAGCUUUCAGUGGGAAAUCAAACUUGACCAAUCAUCAAAGAAUCCACACCGGAGAGAAGCCUUACAGGUGUGAGGUGUGUGGAAAGGUCUUUCAUCAGAACUCAGUCCUGAGACAACACAAAAGAAUCCACACGGGUGAGAAGCCAUUUACCUGCCACGAGUGUGGCACGUCUUUCCGUCAGAGCUCGGCCCUGAUUGGACACAAGCGAGUACAUACUGGAGAGAAACCUUAUGUAUGUGAGGAGUGUGGAAAAGCUUUCAGAGUGAGCUCAAAUCUUACUAGACAUAAGAAAAGAAAACAUAGAGUGUGGGAAACCCACAAACUUGGGGAGACUGGGAAAUCUCUCUCUCUAGUAACUGGUUCUCAGACCUUUUCAUUCAUCAAUAUUUUGACCACCAACACCUGAAAGCAGUGAUUCUGGUGUUUACACUUUCUCAUUUCUCCUUCUACUUCUUAUACUGAUCCCUCUUGUCUCCUGUGUUGGUUCUUCCUGGUUCCUUGACCCCUCUAAUUGUGAGAUCCCCCAAGUCUUUGUCCUUCACCUUCCCAUUCAGUGUUUCUUCGGUUCCAAGGUUUUGUCUAUCAAUAAUAGUACUGUGAUACUACAUACUAGUACCCUACACAUGCCAGGCACUAUUCUUUACGUUUUAAAUCAUUUAAUCCAUACAAGGUCCCUGUGGGAUGAGGAAAUUGAGGCAUAAAAAAAUUAAGAAACCUGUUAUGGAUCCUGUAACUGGUAAAUUCUAAACAAAUGCCUGCUGAAUGCGCAGACUUCUCUGAGCAAUUUCUGUAAUCCUGUACCACAUUUCUUGAAUGUGCGGCUAUACCUCAGUUUAGCACAGAACAUUUUUUUGAUUAAUAAACAUUGAUCACUUUUAGUAAGUUUUUUAUUUCUUUUUUUUUUUUUUUUUUUGGCCACAGUUCUCAGUUCCCUGACCAAGAACCAACCCUGUGCCCCUUAAGUGGAAGUAAGGAGUCUUAACGACUGGACCACCAGGGAAGUUCCAGCAAAUUUUAAAUUAAAACUUAAAUGGCACUCUCCUAUAUAGAUUCAGAAUUUCUGAGAUUCAGCAGAGGAAGGAAGACAAGGCAAAGGCAGAUUUUUUUAAUUACAAGUAAGUAGAAGUCAGUGUGAGCUUCCCAGCUGUUGAGAUAGUAAAGAAUCCACCUGCCAAUGCAGGAGAUGCAAGAGAUGCAGGUUUAGUUCCUGGUUCAGGGAGAUCCCCUGGAGCACAACAUGGCAACCCACUCCAGUAUUCUUGCUUGAAAAAUUCCAUUGACCGAGGAGCCUGAUAGACUAGAGUCCAUGGGGUUGCAGAGUUGGAUGUGACUGAGUACACACAGAGAAGUCAAGUGUACACAGCUCAAGUGAAAGUUUACAUAUGGAAAGAGCAUGAAGCCCUCCCCACUGUGUUAUAAAUGUACUAAAAGGUCUUCAAGGUGUUGAUUUCUUAAAUAUUUGUUUUAUCUAUCUGCAUGACAUAUGAAAUGCUCUUUCACAAGGAUUAAUAAAUUUAUAUCUUUUCAAGUC